AGCUGGAAUCCAAUACGACCGUUGAAUGUGGAUGUUGAAUGUGGAUGUGAACCCCAAAUCAGAAACCUCCGUUUUUGGAAAUCGCCAUGGUCAUCUUAUCCCUCGUCUCUUGCUCUGUUUCCCUCUUCUCACCGCCCAUUAGUCUCCGGCUUCAUUUCCCCCCUGCGACAUCUCUCUUUUCCCAUGGAAGCUUCCCUGCUUCUACAUUUAAGCCUGAGCUACGGCCGUUGUUUGUCUGCUGCUUACAACGUCGGGAAACCGCUCAUAUUCACCGAUGUAACUGCCUUACUUGUACGAUUGAUGGGGAAACUCAAAUAGAAUCUCUGUUUUCGCUUUUCCGAGAUAUUGGGUUUAAAGAGGAAGAAACGGAGAUGAUUCUGGCGAAGAACCCAGAUGUAAAGUCGACGCCUUUGGAUAAGAUCAGCGCUCGUGUCGCUUCUCUUCAGUCUCUGAAACUCGAUGGCUUCGCGCUUCAAGGUUUGAUUGCAAAGUGCCCUUCUUUAUUGACCUCAGAAGAGUUAGAUCUCGUUAUUACCUUCUUGGUUGAUGAGCUCGAAGGAAGGCUUGACCCUGAGCUAGUGGAACGCAUACUCGCUGUGUCAGACACUUCUUUCUUGCUUAGUUUCAACCAGAAGGUGAGGCUGCUUAUCCACCAUGGGAUACCUAAAGAAAAGAUCUCUUACGUGUUGAGCAAAGUGUACCUGAAUAAACUCAUGUAUCAGAAAUCAGUUGAAGACAUUGAGAGAUUGAUUAGUUACUUGGAACCUUUUGGUGGAAUCGGUAUCAUUGCGAGGCGGCCAGUUAUCCUCAACAGUGACUUGGAUACUCAGUUGAUUCCUAGGGUUGAGUUCAUUAGGAAUCUCAGCGGGGAAGACGACUUCGCCACUGGAACCGUGCUACGUAGACUACCUGCUAUACUGAGUUACAGCGUUGACCAUAUGAACAGCCACGUUGAGUUCCUCAAGUCUUUUGCUGGCUUGACGAGCGAGCAAGUGUUUAAGAUUGUUCAUGUGUUCCCUAACGUGAUCAGCACUAGUAAAGAGAGGAAACUGAGGCCGAGGAUAGAGUUCCUUAAACAGUCUGGCUUUGAUUCCCCCGGCAUGUUCAAGUUCUUGAGUAAAGCGCCGUUGUUUCUAGCUCUAUCAGAAGACAACCUCUCGCAUAAACUAGGGUUUCUGGUGAAGAUUGGAUACAAGCAUAGAACAAGGGAGCUGGCGUUUGCGAUGGGGGCUGUGACCAGAACUAGCUCUGACAAUAUGCAGAGGGUGAUUGGACUGUACUUGAGUUACGGUCUUUCGCUUGAAGACAUUCUAGCUAUGAGCACAAAGCAUCCUCAAGUCCUGCAGUAUAGUCAUACUUCUUUAGAGGAGAAACUGGAGUAUUUGAUCGAGUACAUGGGUCGUGAAGUGGAGGAGCUUUUGGCUUUCCCUGCGUUUCUUGGGUACAAGCUUGAUAGCAGGAUCAAGCACCGGUAUGAAGAAAAGCUGAAGAGCAGAGGUGAAAACAUGUCUCUUAACAAGCUUUUGACAGUCUCAGCUGAAAGAUUCUCUAAGACAGCGGAUAAUAUUGAAGUGAUUUGCUUGUGAUUUGAGUGACAAAAGAUUUUAGUGAACCGAGUUUGAGGUCAUUGAAAACUUACAAUAGUUUAAAAAGCUGAGAGUUUAUAUAUCACAAUUUCUCACUUGGAUAUCAAACAUUCAAUCCUUUA